UUCCUAGUAAUGUACAGCGAGAGAGCGAGAGGCAGCAGCUUCCGUCUGGCAGACCUUUCUUUAUAUAAUUUUGUUAAGGCCUUCGAAAAUUGAAUUAGAAAAGGCUGUUCUCUCUUUUCUUCUCUUUCUCUCAACCGUCUCUCCGUGUACACCUCGCGUUUCUUAGCAUUUAGCAUACAAACACCAUCCUCAAAGCCAUCAUCAAUCAUACAAUCAAACCCCUCUUUUUCUCUUCUGCUCCUUUGCAAUUCAUAUAAUAAUAUCCCAAAUCACGCCUUGUUCUCUUCCUCAUUCUAGACCUUUCUCCUCGAUCCUCAUCUUCGGGCUUUUUCUAUAACUAGAUCCCUUUUUCUUGAUUACCCUUUUGAUCCUUGAAUCCGAUUCGAAGUGGGUUUUUAUUUCUUUUUUUUUUUGUUCGUCGGGUUUUAAAUUCUGUAAUAAAAAUAGUACUGAAUUUUGAGUGAUUUUCUUUGAUGAGAGUGUUUUUGUGAGAGGAAGAAUAAUGAUGUUGACCUUAACAAAAUAUGGGUUUUGAAGAACUAUGGAAGUUCUGGUUACCCGACAACAACAAUUACAAGUACAACUACGACAAUAAUAACGAUAAUAAUAUGACGAUUUACAUUGGUCGCGAGGCUUCUAAGCUAUGGAAGAGAAUUUGCGCAGAGACAACUACAGAGAUCAAUCUUCUUGCUGAAAAUUGGAAAUACAUUCUUGCUGGUUUAAUCUUUCAGUAUAUACAUGGUUUGGCUGCAAGAGGAGUUCAUUAUCUACAUCGGCCAGGACCAACAUUGCAGGAUGCAGGAUUCUUUCUUCUUCCGGAGCUUGGGCAAGAUAAAGGCUACAUCAGCGAGUCAGUCUUCACAUGUGUCUUUCUAUCCUUUGUAUUGUGGACUUUUCAUCCUUUCAUCUGCAAGAGCAAAAGGAUCUACACAGUUCUAAUUUGGUGCAGGGUGCUAGCAUUUUUAGUUGCUUCUCAAUUUCUUCGUAUCAUUACUUUCUAUUCUACUCAGCUUCCAGGUCCAAAUUAUCAUUGUCGCGAGGGCUCCAAACUUGCCAGGUUGCCACAUCCUGAGAGUGUGCUUGAAGUUCUCCUAAUUAAUUUUCCUCGAGGGGUAGUAUUUGGUUGCGGUGAUUUGAUAUUUUCGUCGCACAUGAUAUUUACCUUAGUGUUUGUCCUGACAUAUCAGAAGUACGGCACACAAAGAUUUAUAAAGCAGUUAGGCUGGUCGAUUGCCGUGAUUCAGAGCCUUUUAAUCAUAGCAUCCCGCAAACAUUAUACGGUUGAUGUUGUUGUUGCAUGGUAUACUGUGAAUUUAGUGGUAUUUUUUAUAGACAAGAAAUUACCAGAGCUACCUGACCGGACCAGUGGAGCUGCAUCUCUAUUAUUGCCAUUGAGUACCAAAGAGAAAGACAUCAAGAACAAAGAAGAGAAUCACAAGCUAUUGAACGGGAAUUCAGUUGACCCUGCAGAUUGGAGACAGAGAACCCAAGUAAAUGGGAAGAUUUUGGAAGAUGCCAAUGGAGUCCAUGCUGAUACUAAUGGAAUGAAUGGUGUGUAGAUGAUGGAAGCUGCAAGGACUGCUUGUUAGAUCUUUUAAGGACCCCUGUGUGGUGGGCGUCUAUUCCCAAAAACUGCUGGUAAAUUUGAUUUGUGUUGUAGAGAAAUGAAAAAUGGGUAGCACAUUUGUAUAUUUUCGCAGUCCCGCUUCUCUAUCAUGUCAUAUGGAUAAAAACAGAUAUCUCAUCAGCAUCAGCAUGUAUCAUGGAAUCUCUAGAGUUGCUAUUUUUCUCUCAUGUUUACUCCUGAGCAUGUGAUGCUGUUGAAAACUUGCAUUCUCAUUGCUUACAGUUUUUAACACUGGUGAAGGCCGAAGGCUGUUCCCAUAUUAAGAACCCAGCUGAAUUUGUGUA